AAUACUCCUACUAGAUAGAACCUAAAGAAUAUUAAAGUUUUUAGUUAAUUAAAAGAAAAGGAAGUAUUUAAUAUAGUUGUAGUGAACUAAAUUACUAAUAGAAGAGGAGAAAGGGAAAGAGAGAAAUAACUGAAAUCAAGAAUGUCUUUGGCAUUAAAAAACAGAUAUUGGAUUCUGAGGCAUGGCAAAAGCAUUCCCAAUGAGAGAGGCAUCGUUGUUUCCUCCAUCGAAAAUGGCACACGCCCUGAAUUUCAGUUAGCCCCCGACGGAGUUAAUCAAGCACAAAUCGCCGGAAUUUCCUUUAAAAAGGAACUACAGGCUAAUAAUAUAGCUCUGGCUAAUGUGCGCAUUUGUUAUUCCCCUUUUUCAAGAACAACUCACACUGCAAAAUUUGUUGCAACUGAAUUGAACAUUCCUUUUGAUGGCUCCCAGUGUAAGGUGAUCGAUGAUCUUCGAGAGCGGUAUUUUGGUCCUUCCUUUGAGCUUUUGUCUCAUGAUAAAUAUGCAGAGAUUUGGGAAUUAGAUGCGAAAGAUCCUUUUGUUGGACCGGAAGGAGGAGAAAGUGUUAAAGAUGUUGCCGGUAGACUUGCAAAAACAAUGGCCGUAAUUGAAUCAGAAUUUGAAGGAUGUGCAAUUCUGGUUGUAAGCCAUGGGGAUCCUCUUCAAAUCUUGCAAACAGUUAUGCAUGCAGCUAAUAAACAUAAGGAACCGACUUCUGAUGACUUAGCUUCAAUAUUAGCGGCAGUUCAGGUGGCACCAAUCUUGUCCCAGCACCGCCAAUAUGCACUGAAUACCGGAGAGCUCAGGAGAGUCAUUUGAAAGAUGCACCAAUCUUGUCGACAUGGUGUUACAAUUUUCUUGCUUAGUUCUUGUAAUUUUUAGUCUUGGGAGGCAAGUCCUUCAUGAGAUUUGAGUUUGGGACCAGAUCUACAAACUAGAGCACGGUAAAGAAGAAAUCCAUCUGUUUUAUCAGCUUUGUGGUGUUACAAUGUCUGAGAUUUUAGAAGCACUUGUGUUAUCAGCUUUUCAUUGAUUUGUUUGAAAAUCACUCAAUUGUCUUCAUUGCUUUAUGAGUUGAGUAUUUGCCAUUUGUCGAUGUUAA